UUUCCAUUAUGGAUCCACGUGUAUUAAAUCCAAUAGGAUUUAAUAUCAAAAAGACAAUGCUCCUAGCAUUAGCCUUUUGAUUAAUAAUUCAAGGGGUUAUGACUCAGGGAGCUCCCAAGCCUCAAUACGGAGACUCUUCAAACCAAUAUGAUUCAUCAAAUACUGGUGGAUAUCAAACUCAACAAACUCCUCCAGCUAAUGAUGGAUAUCAGCAGCAGCAACAACAACAGCAGUAUUAUCAGCAACAACAAGGAAGUGGAGGUUAUAACCCUCCUCCAAUGGGAAAUGCCCCUCCUUCGGGAGGGAAUAUUCCACCUCCAACAGGAGGUAAAGUACCUCCUCCACCGGGAGGAGUUUCUUACGAUGAUGGACAGCAAUAUACUUAUCCUCCAACAGGAGGACAACAGUACCAGCAGCAACCACAAGGUUCUCAGCAGCAACCACAAGGUUCUCAGCAGCAAUAUACCCAGCCUCCUGGAACCCAAAAAUAUACCCAACCUCCAGGAGCUGGACAAGGAGGGAAUCCUCAAGGAAAUUAUGGAGGAAAUCCCCAAGGUAGUUAUGGAAGUGCUCCUUCUCAAUAUGAAGGAGCUGCUCCUCCAUACAGCCAAGGAGCUCAAUCUCAGCAAUAUACAGGAAGUGCUCCUCCUCCAGGUAGAAUCCCACAGAAUCAGCCUCCCCCACAAGGAGGUGCUCAAGAUGAUGAAUACCAGAAGAGCAUAAUGGCUCAAUGGGAUGAACACAUGGGUGAUUUUGAACCAGCAGAUAUGUUGACAAUCAGCAUUCCUUCUAGAACGGAUGAGACCUUCUACGAGUACGUCACGGAGGUCCCAUCCAAGGUAAGAGGCGCAUACUAUAUUGGAUCUGGAGAGAAAUAAACUCAUUGAUUUCUGGAUCAUCGACCCCUCAAAUAGAAUUUUUAACACUGUUCAAGGAAGGAAUGAGGGAUUAUUCGUAUUCGAAGCGAAUCAGCAAGGCAUCUAUCAAUUUGUAUUUGCUAAUUCAAGAUAUUGGGAGGCAAAGGACCUCACCUUUGCAAUUCAUUUCGGAAAUCACACAGACGAUCAUGCCUCAGCCGAACACCUCGAUCCAAUGCAUGAUAGUCUAAGUCUAGCUCUCAAAAACAUUAAAAAUUUAUAUUCUGAAGUAAAAUUUGCUGUUGGAAGACAAGACUCUCACAAUAUAACUGUACAAAAUUCAAUGAAGACAAACUUCUGGAUUGCCAUUCUGGAAACACUCUGCAUCAUUGGGCUUGCAGGAGCUCAGAUCUUCUUCAUCAAAAGGAUUCUUCAGUUCAGAAAAGUAAUCUAAAAUCCAACUAUUCUCAAUUAAAACAACUAUAAAA